AUGGCCUCCUCCGCGGCGCGCGGGGAGCGGGCGGGCCCGAGCGUCGCUGCCGCGCAAGAUGACAUCGACAGCAAGGGCGCGCAAGGCGCAGCGGGGCGCGAGGAAGGUGCGGCGCCGAGGGAGGAGAAGCCCAAACCACCACCGAGGCCCAACUACUUCUACGCGGUCCAGCUGUCGCACGAGCCGACCGUGCGGCAGGCCAUCGAGGGUGUCCAGACAUCCCUGCGUGCGUACCGCCCCCGAGACGAGUCGGGGAACGGCGCCAGCGCUGGCAGCGAGGAUCCAAGUGACUGCGACGCAUGCGAGCCGGGACCGUACGCCCCGUUCUGUGUCGAUCCGGCGAGCGCGCACAUCACGCUCGCGGUGAUGGCCCUGGAGACGGAGGCGCACGUCGAGGGGGCGCGGAGGGCGCUGGAGGCCGCGUUUUCCGCGUCGGACACGGAGCGCGCCACGGACACAGUAUCGCUGCCUGUGCGCGGGCUCGGCACGUUCGGCGGCCGGGAGGCGGCGCGGGUGGUCUUCCUCGAGGUGCCCGAGGGGCCUGAGCGAGAGUGGCUGGAAGAGGUGGCGUUCAAGGUCAGGGAAUCCCUUCUUGCGUCGGACAUUGCUGACACAAUGAAGGACCAGGCCUUCGUCCCGCACUGCACCAUAGCGAAGCCGCCGCCGCCACGACGCGGGCGCCGCCGUCCUCCCAAGUCGAUACCCAAGGCCGCGCUGGGCGAGCACUGGGAGGUGGACGGCGGGCGCGCAGCGAUCGCGACGGUGCAGUUGUGUCGCAUGAGCGGGCGCAGGCCGGGGGGGUAUUAUCAUGUGGUGACAGAGGUGCGUGUGCCGGGUGUGGGAGCCGCGCAGGCGGGCGGGGAGGCGGCGCAGGGCGUGUGA